AUGUCGAGUGGUCAAGCGAGUCUCGCCGUCGGUGCGAUUGGCCUUAUGCUGCUAGCGGGCAGCCUCGCCGCCCCGGCCAUGAGCCUCGUCCCGACUGCGGUCGUCGUGCCACUGGGCAUCGUGGGUGCGACAACCGUGGGGCCGAUUGCGUAUUACCUCUGGAUCGGGUACCAAGAGGCGAGUGCAUUUGCGACAGAGACGUCGCCGCUUCUCGGCUCACGCUUGACGGACGCCAUGGGCCGCAACGUGGCGCGCCGCCUGCGCGCAUGCUUGUACGUUGGUCGCUUUUUUUCUGCGUGGGGAGACCGCAUGUGGCAAUUUGCGACCCCACUUCUCUUUAUGGAGAUUUACAAGGACACGCUGCUUCCAAGUGCUCUUUUUUCCCUUGUUGUCUACGUGGUGGGUCUGGUGGCGCUCCCACGCAUCGGUCGCUGGCUCGAUGCGACCAACCGCCUGUCUGUGCUCGCGCGCUCCAUUGCCAUCGAAAACACUUGCGUCGUCCUCAGCACCACGUCCCUCGCGUCUCUUCUGCUAGUCUCGUCGCCGGCUGCCGCCCAUAUCCUCUUGGCACUCACGAUGCUCGCGGGGGCCAUCGGGCAAGUCUUCAACGACGCCCAAGCCCUUGCGAUCGAGAAGGACUGGGUCGUCGUUGUGGCCGCCGCAACGCAGACGCCGCUCGCCUCGUGGAACACGACUCUGCGCCGCAUCGACCUCACGUGCGCACUGCUGGCGCCGGCAGUCUUUGGCAUCCUUCUCGACAGUAGCAGCGCCGACUCUGCGACACGCGCUGCCGUCGGCGCGGCCGCUGUCGGUACCUGGAACCUCCUUGCCGCGCCGUUGGAGUACGCCAUGGUGCGCGAUGUCUACGCGUGGGUGCCAACGCUCUCUGCGUCGACGCUCAAGGUGACGGCGGCGCCUGCGAGCGAGACGCUCGUCGCGCAGUGGGCUGCGUAUACCAAGCACCCAACGUGUCUUCUCAGCGUCUCCUUUUGCGCGCUCUACAUGACCGUGCUCUGUGGCAGCGGCCUCAACAUCGCCUACCUGCAGUGGCGCGGACUUCCCGUCUCUCUCCUCGGCGCGAGCGCUGGCCUCGGCGCGCUCGCUGGCUUGGUCGGCACGCUCGUCUUUCCAGCGCUCGAGCGGUCGUGGGGCGCCGCGGUCGUCGUGCUGGUUAGCAUCUGGCUCUUCUGGCUCACGCUGCUACCGGUGGGCGUCUCGUACAUUGCAUUUGGAGAGACACGGACGACCGAUAUCGUCAUGGUCGUCGCCGUCACCGUCUCGCGCGCGUGGCUCUGGAUGACCGACCUCGCCGAGACGCAGCUCAUGCAGGAGCGCGUUCACGAGUCGAUGCGCGGCGCCAUCAAUGCGAUGCAGACGGCCACGUCCAAGAUCUUUUACAUUGCGAUCUUAUUGCUUAGCGUUCUGUGCUCGGACCCGGCGGCGUUCGAGACGCUCGCGUUCGUCUCGCUCGGCGCCGUCGGCAGCGCUGCGCUUGGCAUGAGCAUCUGGUUUGCCGCCCACGGGCGCUCGGCCGCCACAGCUAGUACCUAA